AUGACUAAAGCAACUCAAUUCCAAAGUCUUUACUGCCUUCUUCCGUCCCCUUUCUUUCCAAAUAAACAUGAAAUUAGAGGGAGAGAAAGACUAAGGAGUUAUGAAAAAGGGCCUAAGUUNUUCCUAGAGUCUCCAGCAGGAGUUGGAUUUUCAUAUUCAAACACUUCUUCAGACUACUCAAACACGGGAGACAAGAGCACAGCAAUGGACUCUUACACUUUUCUUGUAAAGUGGCUUCACAGAUUUCCACACUACAAAUCUCGAGACCUGUUCAUCACAGGAGAAAGCUAUGCCGGACAUUAUGUCCCUCAGCUAGCUCACACUAUUCUCACUAAUAAUAAGCUUACAAAUCUUACAGUCAUUAACCUCAAAGGCAUUGCGAUUGGGAAUGGUUGGAUAGAUGAUAAUAUAUGUGCAAAGGGAAUGUAUGACUAUUUCUGGACACAUGCUUUGAACUCAGAUGAAACCCAUGAAGGAAUUGAAAGGCAUUGUGACUUUGAGAGUGGGAACAUGACAAGUGAAUGCAACGAAUACCAAAUAAGAGGGGAUAAUGAGAUUGGAGUGAUUGACAUUUAUGACAUAUAUGGUCCCCCUUGCGAUCCAACUGCAACAAAACCUGAUCAAAGUUCUGCCACUUACUCUGACAGCAAUUUCGACCCUUGUUCUGACGAAUAUACUAAAUCCUACUUGAAUCUGGCUCAAGUGCAAGAGGCUCUUCAUGCUAAAGUCUCAGAAUGGUCUCCUUGCAGUGGAGUGGGAUGGACAGACAGCCCAGCAACAAUUCUACCCACUAUAAAUCGGAUAAUAUCAAGUGGCAUAAGGACCUGGAUAUAUAGUGGUGAUACAGAUGGGCGCGUUCCCAUAACAUCAUCUAGGUAUUCAGUAAAUGCCUUGAAACUUCCAGUGGAGACAACAUGGCGUCCCUGGUAUUCUGGAGAUGAGGUUGGAGGAUACUUGAUUGGGUACAAAGGACUCACCCUCAUCACUGUAAGAGGAGCUGGGCACAUGGUUCCAAGUUACCAACCAAAGCGAGCGUUAACCAUGAUCUCGUUUUUUCUUCGGGGAGAACUUCCUCCCGAAUUCAACUCUUAGGUCUAUUUGGUCUCAAUAUCCUUAAAAUAGAUGCGAAAUAUUUGAUGAGUUUCAUACAAAUUCAUCAAUGAGAUUUUCGCCUCUAAUUAGGAAAAAAAUAUAGCACCUAAGAUCAGUAUAAAUCCUUAUAAAGGUAAAAAAACAUAAAAAAUUCAAGGAUAAGUUUAUGUAAGUUACAGAAAUACUUCAUUUAUCUCUAUAUGAACUAUUAAUAUUCGAGCAGAAAAAAAUGUAACUUCAGUCUGCCAAAUUUCAACUCUUUAAGCUAAAGCAACUCAAUUC